CAGCUUGUUUUGCAGGGAUACGAUAAAGCCACACCUGCCUAAAUGUCCUCUUCUCUUUAAUUUUUUAAAGGGAACAGAGUCCUGUUCCUUUCGCCAUCUGCUCCCCUCUAAACACAUUCUAUCUGUUCAGGUAAUAUUUACCUGCAGCAAACAAGCCUUUUUCAAGAUGGUAAUCAAAGAGCACUGUUUAUGGGGCUAAGCAAAUGUGUGAAACCCACCUGUUUGACUUGUGGGUGUUCCUCUGCUUGCAAAUUCUGACCACAAGAGCACUAAGAAAGACAUGAGGAAGUAACCCUUCUCUGCCCUUUUGGCAGAGGAAUGAGGCUGAGCUGCCCUUGAGCACCUGAAUGGAGUGUGUGCCUUGCCUGCCCUGUUCACGGGAUAUCGGAGGAGCAGUUCUGUAGCUUUUGUCAUUCUGCAAAGCACCUGUGGCAAAGAAGGCAGAGACUUCCUAGGAUGUCUAGUGUGAAACCAUGGGAUCAAUCAGAAGGUGGUGUCCUAGGGGAACCAGGCUGCUUCUCAUAGGCUUCUUGUUCCUUGUUUUCUCUUUUGCUGCCUACAUUGGCUUUACUGAAAAAUAUCCAUACAGCCAGUUUCCUUACUUUCGCCGUGCCGGAAGCGUGCCACAAAUGGACACCCGGCCUGCUACCCCAGAAGUGAUGACUGCCAACAGGGAGACACCAAGGCCUCGCAAUGUAAUACUUGGCCCAGGAAGCUCCCCACUGGAGAAAGAUGCUGUUAGGAGAUUGGCAGGUGGUGGCAAUGCCAUGGACACCCGAGAGACACAUGUGGAGGACACCAGCCCAUCAGAAUCAACUGAGAAGCAAGCCGGAGAGAGGGGUGUGAUAGCAGCCAAUCCAAAGCAAGUUGUGGAGAAACUAAGGCCCACAGCCAAUGAGAAUCAAGCUAAACACAAGACUAUGACACCUGCAGCUGGUCAAAACCUUGCUGGGGGUAUGAUUGCAGCACCCACCUUGUAUAAGAAAAAAAGUGAGAAGCAUGCGACAUCAGCAUCCAGUCCAAAGGAAGAGAAAAAUAAGCCGGAACACAAAGGAAAUGAACGAGCUGAGGCUAAAUAUGAAGCGCCAGCAUCCAAUCAAAAGCUGGAUGAGGAAAGAGGUGCAAAACCGGCAUCCAAUCAAAAUGCCACACCACGACCCACUGCAAGCCACACCAAGGGGAAAUUUUCCAGAGAAAUGGAUGUACCGGUAGCUCAAAAGAGCCAGAGCUUAGUUGAUUCUGUUGUCGCAGGUCACAAUGUCUCUAUCACACAUCCAGUUCCUGCAGCGACCCCCAAGAAAAGGCUUAAAGCAUCUGACUUCAAAUCUGAGCCCCAUUGGGACUUUGAUGACCAGUAUCUCCUGGACAAUUCAACGCCAGCAUCAAGCUGCCCCGAUUCUCUGCGGGUCAAGGCUGCCAAGUCUGAUUGGCUGAAGGAUCUCUUCCUGCCCAACCUCACUCUUUUCAUGGACAAGACUCACUUCAGUGGCAGCGAAUGGGAGCGUCUGGAGCAUUUUGGCCCACCCUAUGGCUUCAUGGAGCUGAACUACUCAUUGGUAAAACAAGUCAUCACCCUGCUUCCCCCUAAACCGUACCACCAAAUUCUCUUUGCACGCAACAGCAGCCAGACUUCUAGGUGUAUCAGAUGUGCGGUGGUAGGGAAUGGCGGGAUACUGAACAACUCCAAAAUGGGCCAGGAGAUCGACUCCCAUGAUUACGUGUUCCGGGUGAGUGGGGCCGUGAUCAAAGGUUUUGAAGAAGACGUGGGAACAAGAACGUCCUUCUACGGAUUCACAGCCUACUCCUUAGUGUCUUCUGUCUCAAUUCUGGGAAAUCGUGGAUUCAAGAAGAUCCCCACGGGAAAGGAGAUCAAGUACCUUCAUUUCCUGGAAGGGCCAAGAGAUUACGAGUGGCUGAAAGCUCUUCUGCUGAACACGAGAGUCAGGAAGGGAUUUUUGGAUGGCUAUGGGCCAUACCCUCGGGAUAAAUUUGGUAGCAAUUUCACACUGGAUAACUACUUUGUCAUUCAUCCCGAUUUUCUCAGAUACAUGAAAAACAGGUUUCUAAGAUCCCAAAACCUAGACAAGUCCUACUGGCGGAUCUAUAGACCCACCACAGGUGCCUUUCUCCUUCUAACUGCACUUCAUCUAUGUGACCAGGUAAGUGCUUAUGGCUACAUCACCGAAGGCUACCAGAAGUAUUCGGAUCAUUAUUAUGACAAGAAAUGGCAUCGCUUAGUCUUUUAUGCCAACCAUGACUUUGAUUUGGAACGGAGGACAUGGAAGAAACUUCACGACUCGGGCAUCAUGAAGCUGUACCAGCGAUCCUGAGCGAGAUGAAAACGAAGCCCUGGCUGAUGGCAAGUUUUGGAAGCUAAGAUGGAUCGGAGCCAUAUUUUCUAUUAUUAUCUUAUUUGAGCGGGUCCUUGCCAACUAAAGACUUGGUUCUCGCAACAACAAAUAUCCGUUCCGCCGCACAUGCAGUUUUGUUGGUUGCAGGACAAAACAAAAGACAAGAAGGAUAUUACUACUUGAAAACAUUUUGAAGGGGCUAAUUAUUCCCUGAGAAUCCACUGUGAGUAUAAUGGGCCGAGUUGGCUACCGCUACCUGUGUUGGCUGGAAGGGGCCUCACACAGCAUUUCCACUAUACUCUCUGGUCAGUUUUACUCCUUCCUGGUUUCAGUUCUCCACCAGUCAGUCUCUACUACAGUAGCUUAAACAUUUGAUUUACAUCAGUGAAGAGCAAAGCUCAACAACCAGCCCUUGCUUUUUCCUGUAUGUGUAAGUGUGUGUGUGUGUGUGUUGGCAACAUGUCUUGAUGCACUGCCCAUUGCUCUGGUGAAGCCUAUUCUCUCAUUAGAUGUUUUCCCAUUAGAUGCGCUCUGUCUCUGCUCUGCGAGAGGAUCCUGGGGCUUUAAGUUCUCAGUAGGGUCGCAAGGACUCAUUGUUUCUCCCGCUCUGGAAUCCAAGCUGUGCCACAUUGCUCCAGGUUGCUAGGUGACCAUCUCCAUGCUGGCAUUCUUCAAAGCUGAAUAGGACCCUUUUCGGUUCCCAAGAAGUUUUUGAAGUUUCUCUCUCCAGAGGCCCUUUCUCCCUUGCACUUCUCUGUUGUGGAAAGGGGAUUACCUUCCAACUCCUUCGUAUCAGCAGGAGGGGAUGGAAAAUUCUCCCUUAACAACAAAGUCAGCUGCAAAUCCAAGAAAAAUCAAGGGCACAGAGGCAUGGACAAAGAUCAACUGUCUGCAUGACCGGAGCUGAUUGCACCCCUGUCUUGCUUUUUUCCUACAAGACCAUAGAACUGGUUUGGGAUUAAUCAUUGUAGCCUCACUGGAAGAAAAAUCCUGAUCUCUUAGGAUCCAGAAAACAGAAGGUUAAGAUGCUGGAUUUCCUUUAAGUUCAGGCUGGAGGGUGGAUCCAUUCUGUCUCUUUAGAUCGUAGCCUAUAGAUAUUGACACUAUUUUUUAUUUUAUUUUUUACGAAGCAGCUGACUGGUUUAACAGAGUUGUUAAAAAGAUAGUGCAAAGAUACUAUCAAAUAUUUUUUUUCUGAUUUAUGAAAAGCCGGAGUAGAUGGAGGAAAGAAAAUAAAAGUUACGAAAGUGAAGUACUUUUUAUUGCUGGUUUACCCAGUUGUACUGGAAAUCUACUUGUACAGCAUUCCUAUGGCCACUCCAUUGUUCUUGGCGUCUGUUGCUACGUAGUUUGCUCUUAUCCCAAAGUACUACCAUGUACUUGUUUCUUAAGUGAUAUUUCUUAAUCAGUGUUAUAAGAAGUUAAAGUUGCAUUUCUUACCUGGCAGUAAGCCUCAAUAAACUCAAUGUAACUUUCUUCUGAACACACCUGCAUAGGAUUGCAGUGUAAGGUAAGAAUUACAAGACAAACUUUUCAGGAGCUGGCAGAGUAAGUUAAUAUCUCAAUAUAAAAAUAGUGCAUUUUUUUUAUUUAAAAAAACAGACCUAUGUUUACACUUACACCUUAUUAAAUGCAAUACUCAGAAAAAGGCCUACUGAGCUUACUACUUAGCACUGCAGCCUGAAUGCUUUUGCUUAUACAAGAACGUGAUCAGAAUGUAUGUAAAUAUAAAAAUACCUAGGUUAGCCAGCACAGGAAUGGGCGUCUUGACAAGGAGAAAGCAGGGAAACGUUCUUUUUACAUUUGCAGAUCUUUGCAGAGAGUUUCAUCUGCUAUCUACUAUCAUUCCUCAAACAUCUCCUUUCCAAAGGCAGGAUACUGGCUUGUUCUGACUUUUCGCCUAUUCCACUAUGACCCUUACAAUGAGCAAGUCAUUAGUGAAAUGCCCAUCAUCAAUAUGGCAGGAAGUUUGUUUGUCAAAGAAGGUUAUAUAUUCCACAAAACCUACCAGACACACAUGUGAGGUGAACCACAGUGAUAGAGGAAAGAGGUUUUCCCCAUUCAAGUGGGGGGACUAAACUUUCUUCCACCUCUGUGGUGUGGACACCAAUGUAUGGGAUGAGGGUGUCCCAAGAACCUGCGCAAGAAUGUCCAUGUUCUCCCUGCAUAAUUGCAAUGCUGCUUUGGCCCAUCAGGUGGCAGCAUCUCUUUAGGUUGCUGUAUGAUUUAUUGACAGCAAAGCCCAAAGUAAUGCGUUCUGUGUGAGGCUGCCCUUAGGGACCAGUCUGAAAGCCGCAGCAGGUCCAAAAUCCAGGGGCUAAGGUACUUGAGCCAGGCAUUCUAUUAUGUAGCUGUUAUACCACUCUUAAACCUGGCCAGGUUUAAGGUUUUAGUUUUGCACUGCAAAGCCCUAAACUAGUGACCAGCUUACUCAAAGGAGUGCCUUUGUCAGUCUGUCCAGUCACUAAGAUCAUUGGAUGAAUCCCUCCUGGCUAUGCUGUGUCCUACAAAUGCUUUUUUAGAGGUGACAAGAGGAAAGGCCUUAUUAGUGGUGGCACCCGCUCUGUAGAAUCACCUCCCCUCUGAAUUGCAGUAAUUGCCCACACUGUUGCAAUUUUGGCAUGUGCUGCAAACCCCUCUGUUGUCUGAGGUCAUUGUUGGCCACCAAUAGCAGCUACAGUAGUUUCUUUUUAACUUAACUUUCUGUUUGCCUGGCAGCUACAUUUUAUUCUCAAUUGUAGUUUUGUUUCACGUCUUGGUUUUGUACACUUCUGGCUGUUGUUUAUGAAAAGCAAUAUAGAACUGUGUUCAUAGAUUAUUAUUUUUAAUGCACUCUUUUCACAAAAGAGCAUUGCAAUAUGUGAUGUUGCAAAAGUGCCACAAUAUGAACUAUGGUGUGCCAUCUUUCGUACAGCUGUCAGUCACACUGUAAGUGUGUUGGAGUGCGUGUGUGAUCCAAUCUGACUUGUGCUGCAGUGGAAAGAGAAUAGCCAAGCUCUGCUCAUAUGCAAAUCUUUUCUCCGAGUGCAUUAGGGAAUCAGGGGGGGAAUCAGAACAGGAGGAGGAAGCCCUGUGCCACUCAGACAAUGCUCUGGUCUUCUGCUCCUUGACCCAGAAAGGUUGGUGAUCCCUAAUUUAGCACAUCCAGUCUGCUUUCAAUAUCAUUAGAAUAACAAAGCAAGACAAAAGGGGAUGGUUUGUGGUCUCUCUCUCUCAUUGUGUCCAUUGCUGUUUUCACCAUGCCACAUAAUAAAAGUAGAGGAAACUAGUGUGGCCAUUUGAAAGCGCAUUUGAAAGUCAGUGCCUGAGGUAGAUUGACUCCAGAUAUUUCAGUUGAGGAAAUAAAUAAAUAGUGGCUUUUCUGCUGAAAGCACCAGCCACUGUGAAGUAAAGAAAAAGUUGUUAGGAGAAUCAACCACAGGUCUUCCACCAAUUUGGCUUCAAGCAUGCCUUAAGAUCUGUGACUCUCUCUGCAUGAAGCGUUCCUCUUCUCUAGACUUCAUUUUGGUUAAACUUAAACUGUAUAUUUUUGCCAACUGGGCCCAAAUCGUCCUCUCUAUAUUUUUAUGCAAAUUAUUUUUAAUGUUCUGGAUAUUUUUGUUUUCGCCAUAUGAGAUUCAUGUUGUUGUUUUGUAUAAAGAUAGAUAUUUGUUUGGGACGCAGAUGGCGCUGUGGGUUAAACCACAGAGCCUAGGGCUUGCCGUGUGCUCCUUUACCUUUAAAAGGGACCCAGGUGGCGCUAUGGGUUAAACCACAGAGUCUAGGGCUUGCUGAUCAGAAGGUCAGCAGUUCAAAUCCCUGCAACGGGGUAAGCUCCCGUUGCUCGGUCCCAGCUCCUGCCCACCUAGCAGUUCGAAAGCACAUCAAAAGUGCAAGUAGAUAAAUAGGGACUACUCCAGUGGGAAGGUAAACAGCGUUUCCGUGCGCUGCUCUGGUUCACCAGAAGCAGCUUUGUCAUGCUGGCCACAUGACCCGGAAGCUGUCUGCGGACAAAUGCCAACUCCCUCGGCCUAUAGAGCGAGAUGAGUGCCACAACCCCAGAGUCGGACAUGACUGGACCUGAUGGUCAGGGGCCCCUUUACCUUUACCUUUACAGUGGGAAGGUAAACGGCAUUUCUGUGUGCUGCUCUCGUUCGCCAUGACCUGGCCACAUGACCUGGAAGCUGUAUGCCGGCUCCCUCGGCCAAUAAUGCGAGAUGAGCGCCCAGAGUCGGUCACGACUGGACCUAAUGGUCAGGGGUCCCUUUACCUUUACCUUAGAUAUUUGUUUAAUGGAUAAAAAGAAGCAUUUGAAGAAGAAGAAAAGUAUGGCCUCUCUGAGGGGUGGAGAGAUUCUUCCAUCACCAAGGAGCUGUUGGAAUGCACUUGAAGCUACUCGAGCUCCCUAACUGUCUUUGACUCCAGCCUUCCAGCAGCUCCUAUGAAAGGAAGUGUCUCAAACCUAGAGAGAUGCUGCCAGCGGCUGAGUUUGGCUCAGUUUCAGGGCAACUUUCCAUGUUCCGAUGUUCCUGAAUUCUGCUUUGAAUCGCACCUCAAGAUUGCUUCCUCCUUCCCAUAAGCUCACCCUCGAGUCUGCUCUUUCCUGGUCCUCCUCCUAAAUCCAUGGGCAUCUAAAGUUUGACAUGUACCACAGUAGAUAUAGGCACAUUUGCUUUUGCUCCUAAGCAUAUCGUGUUCACUGUGGAAGGAUUUUGUGAAGUCUCCUGAGACAUAUGCCAGGCAUCUACUCUGCCCAUGUGCUGCAGAUUCCCAGACUGCCAUAUGCUCCAUGUUCUUCGGCAGGGUUGAUGAAUGACAGGCUUUGUAGACCAUCUCGGGGAUCUUUAUGGGGAAAUGUAUACUUCUCAUGCUUGGAUUUUCUGCUCUGGCUGCAAACGAAGAUCGAGCCAUUGAUGAAAAGCUAAAGCUGUGGAUGUGGCAACUGGUUGACACAGGUGUGGUGUGCACCUUCCUCUCUAAUAAAAAAUAUUAUUGAAAGCCAGGUCAGUGGGCUUGGAUGAGCAUUGCAAUUAUCAGGGCUAAGUGAGCCACAGGCAACAGAGAAAGAAGUUGGUUGCCAACGACCCAGAAACACUCCAGGGGCAGGAAGACAAUUGCUCAGGCAAAGCCUACACAGGAAGUCUCUUAUAGUCUCUCCUAUAAGGCCCCAAUGGUUAAUUUAGGUGGGUGGGGCAGUUCAGUGCCUGAGAAGACCCCCUUCCCCAGAACAGGAUAGACGUCAGCACCCAGCAUAGUGGGGCAAAGGCAAUGACCCAUGGGCCUCAAUGGGCAAACUGGGGCUGUUUCCAGGAUUGAUUUGUUUUCAUACAUAAAGGGCCCAGCACUGAAAGGAGAAGUAUCAAGCGGGGAACCAUCAUGUGGGCUAUCCAGCCUCAUAUAACAAACAUGCUUAACUAAUGAAUCACCACCACCACCAUCAUAAUUUAAUUAUGCAAUCUGGCUGAGUUUCCCCAGCCACUCUGGGCAGCUUCCAGCAAAAUACUGUAUAAAAACAUAAUAAAAUGCAUGCAGGGGUUAAGAUCAUAGAGUAAGCAGUCCUGCCCAUGAUCUUGGAAGGACGGGUUACCAAACUCUUGUUCGUUUUCUUUCACCAUGUGAACCCUACCCGUAAGGAGGACAAAGCUGGAACCUCCAAGCUUAGACCGUGGGGCUUAAGUAAGCAAUCUUUGUGUUCCUAGACAAAUAAUUUAGAAACGUUUGCCAUUUUGGGAGCUUAAGUCUUUUCUUGAUGCUGUGUGGAAAAGCACAUGAAUCUGACCUUUGAAGAGUUUGUAAGUAAACCAUUUAUAACUUACAAAAUGUUUGGUCUCUUUUGGUGCUAAAAGAAGUGGGGAGCUUUGGAAGAAACUUAGAAGGGGAUAUUGUAAGGGUCCAACAACUAGAUUUCCACACUUUAUUCUGCUGCAUUUUUGUGAUUUUAAAUUUUAGUUGGAGUUCUCUCUCACCAAAGAGUACUUUAUCCAAACCUCCAUCUAUAGCAGGCAUCCCCAAACUUCGGCCCUCCAGAUGUUUUGGACUACAAUUUCCAUCUUCCCCAACCACUGGUCCUGUUAGCUAGGGAUCAAUAGGAGUUGUAGGCCAAAACAUCUGGAGGGCCGCAGUUUGGGGAUGCCUGAUCUAUAGCAUCCAGGGAGUUCUUUUAUUUUACCUAGUGGUUCCCCCCCCCAUGACCCAAAAUACAAAAACCAACACAUCACACCCAGCCACCCAAAGCUUCUGGGCCCCAAGGCAUUGUGGGGGGAGCAAAGAUGGUCAUCACUGCAGCUGCCUGACCUGGAAUUCCUUUUUCGGAGCUGAAUCCUUAAAAGGAAAAACAAAAAGCUGUGCCAGAGCCUGUGCCUGCCUCCCGAAAACAUGUUCCCCACUCCGUAAGCUUAGGGAUCAGUAUAAUGAUUACACCCCCUGCCAGCGUAUGGUGUGUGUUUUUUAUUUCAAGGGCUCAGUGCUGGGCUGGGCAGCUACCGUAUGGCAGCCUCUCUCGGCCAAUUGUUCCUGCAGCUGCCCACUCUCAGCACCGGGUAGCUGGAGUGCCUGUUCUGGGGAUGGCGGCCCACGCUUGCUUGGCAAAGGUGCCAGGGUGGCGCUUUGGCAGAGGGCUCCGAGGUGCUGAACUUGGCCCCAGGAUGUGCUGCAAGUUGCAGCUUAUAAGGGGGAAGCUGCAAACUGAGCUGAGGGUAUUGACGUAUUUAUAUAUAAAAGUUGUUGCCCACUUUUCAUUAGGAAAUACUGUAACCCGAAAGCAGGAUAUGGUACCAAUAAAAUACAGUAUAUAAAAAAACACAUUCUGUCAGUAAACAUUAAAACAGGACAACUAGAGAGAGAGCAAACACCCCUUCAAAUAACAAAGGACAGUGACACAGAUUCCGUCACAAAAGGCUGGGUGUACGAGUAGGUUGUCCGCUGAGGCUGAAAGCUUAUAAGACUCCAUUGGGACCUCAAUAUUGGCAGGGAUGUCAGGCAUCCAGAUGAACACCCCUAUCAGUUUUUUAAAGUCUCUUUUUAUUGCUAUUUUAAACAAAUAUUUUAUACUAUUUAAUGCAAACCUCAGGACAUUGUUUUCAGAUGAAGCUGCACAUAGAUCCUACUAAUUUAAUAAAGUAUCAGCAAUGUGUGCAGAAGGCUACUUGCAAACAUGAGGCAGAUGCACUUCCUGCAAUUAAAGCACUUCCAAUGCACACUUAAAGCACGUGAGUUUCCUGCUCAAAGAAUCACAGGAUCUGUAGUUUUCCCUCUCACAGAGCUACAGUUCCCAGGAGACCCCUUAAAACUAGAGGGGAGGGGGAGGGGAAAACCAUGUGCUUUAAAUGUGUGGGGUGGGUGUGCUAUAAAUGUACAGGUGAAACUCGGAAAAUUAGAAUAUCGUUGAGAUGUGCAUUUAUUUCAGUAAUGCAGCUUAAAAGGUGAAACCAAUAUACGAGAUAGAUGCAUGACAUGCAAAGCAAGAUACAUCAAGCCUUUAUUUGUUGUAAUUGUCAUUAUUUGUCAUUAGGCGGGUCAAUUAUAAUGGAAUGUGAUUAAUGAAAUGUAACAGCGAUGUUUAUUUUUGUACUAUUGCAACUAUUUGUUUUAUUACUGUGGAAUUUCCAAAAGGAAGCAUUUGUAAAAAAUUACAAGAAAAAUACUGAAAUAAAUGCACUUUUCGACGAUAUUCUAACUUUCCGAGUUUCGCCUGUAUACUGUGGGUCUUUCGUGCUCUGAUUCCAAAAAUAUAUUUAUAUAUUUAUUUAAAGGAUGCUCCCCUGUUGGCUGUCUUAAUCUUGCCUUCCUCCAAGAUUGUAAUUGACAAAUUCACUCUUAUGAGCCAGGGCUUCUGGAUUUCACCCUUGCAUGUGCCUCGUUGACAUGCAUCAUCUUAGCUUAGAAGUAUUAACGAAGAGGAGACUCGUCUGAUCAUCCGUUGUACCCAACGGUGAGUUACUUCCUGAGGCCAUAUCCAUAUCCAAAGCCAAGGGCAAAGAGCUGAUACCCAUGAAACGCUGGAAACCACUGCACUCCUUUUAAAAAAAACACAACAGCCUCCUCGGACCAAUUUCAGGGUGUUUGAUCAAGGCAGCACAGCAGGCAUGUGGUUACAUCUGCCCCCCGCCCCCCCGGGCUUCCAGCGGAACAAAUUUAAUUACUUGCCUCCAUCAUCUCAUUACUGCCUCUUGCCUUCAUGUUUCCUGAAUCUACAUGGCGCAUUGUCAUCUCACUCAGAUAAUCUAAUUUCAAGCAGAAACAUCUGGCUGGAUGGAAGGACACGGUCAGCAUGAUCCACUAUAUUUGCAAGUGCUGGAAGGUUCUCCUGCCAGGACUAGAUUGCUAGAGAUGGAGAAGAAAUGUGUCCUGCUCUAAACAUGUCCAUAAAUGUGCCUGGAGACUUUUUAUCGCUGGAGAGGGAAACAAGGUCCUCCAGAUGUUGGUGAACUGCAGCUCUCGCCAUCCCUCACCAUGCUGCCUAAGGCAGUGGCCAGUACAGAGUGCAGGAGAGGGAAUUGAAGUAACAGUACUAAUAUCCUCCCAUUCUCAGGGCCCACUGUGGUGAUGUAAGCUUCUCCAGAGACUUGAGAUGGUAGGUUUCAAGACUUCAGGGAAUCCUAUCCCUCCCACAGUGGGAUGCCAAGAAGCAGAAAAACGAGAAGAGUUCUUACCAAGUAGUUUAUUCAAUAUUCACAGACAGAGAUGAAGGAAUGUGGUUUCUCAAUGGCGUUGCUCCAUGUAAAGUCCCACCCCCUCAGUCCCUCCUUUUCUACAUCACCCCUACACUGGCUGAUCUGUGCUCUCUGCCUCUGAGCUCUACUACUCAAGACACACCUGGUCAGGGCCAUCUCAAGCAUGUCGGGCGCCCUGACG